AGGAGACCUUCAAAACAAAAACGUUCAAAGUGAUUGGGAGGCGGUGUGUUUGGUGGGAUUUCGUAGCUCGGCGCAAUGUUUGAGAGUUACAAUAUUCCUCGACGAAGUGGGCUGAUCUCCAUCACCUACCUGUUGAUCAGUUCAACAGUGUGGGUGGUUCAGGCUGGAAACCGACAAGAAUAUCAAUACAGUGAUGAUGCCAUCGAGAAUAAACUAAUUUGCGCUGGAAAAUUAGCCGACUACGCAGCGUGCCAAUGUGAUCCGUCCGCCGGCGAGUACUCCUGCAUUAAUGCUCAGUUUGUCGAUGCAAACGUCUUUUUGGACAUUGCCACUAAUUACAAAUAUAUCAAAAGUGUGACAUUCCACGGAAACAAUUUCCAAGAUCUAACAUCCACCCCAUUGUUUGGAGCCGACUCGCAGACUAGUCUUAUCAAGCUGAACCUCUCGGCUAAUUACAUUGUGAACCUGAAUAGCAAUGCACUCCGAAAUAUGCCGAAUUUGCAAGUUUUGGACAUUUCCAAUAAUGAAAUUGUAUUCCGACCUAGAGAUGUCGAUUUUCUCAAACAUACUCCACAUUUGACGCAGCUCUACAUGCGCCGAGCUUUCACGGUUACAAUCAACCGUACCCAGCAAUUUGAGCUGAUGCUCGAAAUGUUCCGUCAAGCAAAACUCGAAUAUCUCCAGGUGCUGGACUUAUCCUAUAACUUUAUUCACAAUGUGCCAUUCGAGAUAGCUUGCCCGUUCCCAUCACUUCACACUUUGGAUCUCCGUCAGAAUUUCCUCAAAAAUUUUAUCGUGAACGAGACGUGUAUCAAAGAGGUUAAUACCAUCAAUCUCAGCAGGAACCAGUUCUACGUGAUUCCAAAAGAUUUCCGUGCUCUGGCGGAUAAAGCUCAACCUGAAACAUUCUUGCUGCGCAACCAAUUCUACUGCGACUGCAACUCCAAGGAAUUCAUAACAUGGCUGCGAUCUACGAAAUCGGUGCGAGAGAAGAACAGUUUGGUGUGCGACAGAGCAAGUCCGAAGAUGUAUGUUGGAGCCCGGAUUGCAGAGGUGCCCCUGAACAAGCUUACUUGCGACGAGCCGCUAUUCACCAGUAUGAGCUCUUUUAAAUUCAAUUUUUAUUCUAUGAUUAUUGCUUUUAUUGUCUCAAAAAUGAUGUUCUAAAUCCACCUGUCCUAUUUUUUUUUCCUUUCUCGUGUUUCAGUGCUACUGACCGGUCUUUCUCUUUUCCUCUUGCUUAUUUUAAUGCCAAAUCAUAAUUUUUUUUUGCUUCCUCGUCUAUUGUAUCAAAAAGAAUAAACAAAUAAGAUUUUUGUCAUUGAAAAAAAAAUAUUUUCAUAUAUCUUAUGCCGUUGCAAAAUACAUGGAAAUUAAUAAAGCUUG